GCCAUGGGGGCCCUGGCGGCGUCGACGUCGUCGGGGAACUGGCUCGUCGAGGACGACAUCCUCCUCAAGAACGCCAUCGAGAAUGGCGCCUCGCUGCAGUCCCUGGCGAAAGGAGCCGUAUGUUUCUCCCAUAAGUUCACUCUUCAGGAAAUACAAGAUCGCUGGACUUCGUUGCUGUAUAACCCAGAGGUCUCGGUGCAAGCUUCUGCUCGGAUGGUUGAGUACGAGACCGAGCUUUCCACUUCCAACCCUGCCAAGGCACACAAACUGUUCAACUCGAAGGCGAGGGAUGUUUCGUUUCAGAAGCGUAAGAUAGAGAGCGUGAAGAACUUGUACUAUGCGAUGAGGAAGAGAGUGCGCAAUGAGCCCUGUGACACCACCGACCUUGGGUUUCUUAUUUCCCCCUGCUCUUGCAUGGCGAUUGGUGGGGAAUGUGUCUGUGGAGGCGCACUUGGAUCUUUAGAGGACCAUGUGGUUCAAAAUAUCGAACCAGGGAUGGGUACAGUGAACUGUUAUGGGCAAGCAGGUGGGAGCUACAGCGGUGCACAACAGACGCAUCAUGAGAUGAAUGGCCAUUCUUUCCAUGCUCAGCAUCCUGAGAGCAUGAUAAAAGAUGAGGACGCCGCCAAUAACGCACCAUUUGGCUUUUCGGAUGUAGUUCAAAUGUAUGACCACAAACGAACGAAUCUUGGAAUAAAUGAAGGGAACGGUGUCUCUCUUAGAGGUAUCACAGAUUUUCAGGACUCUAUGCAGUUUCAGCAGUUGGACUCUAGCAAUCAGUGUGGCAAUGAAGUGGCAGAAUCAGAAGCAUUGAUGAUUAAUGAUCAAGGUGGAGUUGAACAUGUCCAUUUCCCUGUGAACAACAGCGGAGGAGUGCCAGAACCUGGCUCACUGCACUUGAUCCGCCACUCUGAUGGUUCUCAAGUACCUUGUGGUGCAAUCUGGAAUGGUGUUGAGGGACCAGACACACUCGCUCUUGCUGAUGAUAAGAAAAUAAAGACAGCAAACCAAGACCCACUCACAUCGCAAGCAAAUUUGGAUGGUGGGAUUUGCAUGCCUGGUUUAGAUCAUGCACCAAUGCCAGAAGGCGAUUACAUGGAUUUUCCCUAUUUCAGCAACAGCGACGAGUUUGAGCUCCUGAACGGCGAAAAUUUUCUGAAUUCUCCCCAGGAGACUAAUCAGGAAGACUUAGAUGAUCCUGAUCCCAAUGUUGUACUAGGUGCUGACUCCAUCCUGGAAGAUCUGUUGCACCCGGACGAGGCCAACGUUUGCUGUGAUCAGAUAGAUUCUGCCCAUGUACAACAGAAUAAUGAAGUGGAUGUUUCUGAAAUGAUCAUGGUCCUUACUUCACCUGAUGAAGUGUGUUAUCCUGGCCCGUGUGUUGAGUGCACAUUAAACACGGAAGAUCCUGAAAUCCCUUGCAACGACGAUGCUCUUACACAUGGCGAGUUCUCUCCUGUGCGCCCUUCUGCUUCCUCUGGACGGAACUCUGAGUACAAUGUAUCUCCAUUCCCCCCUGCAACUAGCCCUCCGUCAAAGGCCGAGCAUUCCAAUGCAGUUGAUUUGGCUCAAAUAAAGAGAGGAGAUAUGACAAGUGCCCAGCCUUCAUCACAACCAAUGAAGCUUAGCCCAUCCACAUCAGAAAUAAGAGAAGAUUCAGUGGCAAUUAAUACAGGUUGCAUCCUAGGAGCUAAGCUGUCUGAAGGUCCUUCAACUUCUAGUGUAUUUAUGCAUGGUAACGUUGACAUCAAUGAUGAGAGCGCAUGCAUGCAAGCUCUACCUGCUAAUCCAUCUGGAUUUGCUGAUGGACAGUCGUGCAAUUUAGGACAGCAAGAUUUUUUCGAUGAGUCUCAAAGUUUGAUGGUAUACAAUCCAGUUCAAGUGCCUGAUCACAUGAAUUACAACUCACAUAAUAAUCCACCAGAAUUACAAAAUGAGGCUGCUCCACAGAACUGUAUGCCAUCACAUGCAUUGCCAGACUUGGGCCUUCAAGACCCUAUUGCAGUCGAGCCAGCACCAGCUCCACAAGAAGAAUGCUCUGACCUUGAAGAUGACGUUCCAAACUAUUACGAUCUAGAAGCUCUGAUACUUGAUCAGGAUCUAAUUCCAUGGGAUCAGGUUGACUCGGCUAACCCUGAAGUUUCCAGAUUUGAUCAUCCAGAAAGCAGGAAAUCAUUGAUAAGAUUGGAGCAAGGUGCUCGGGCUUAUUUGAACCGAGCUAUCACGUCUCGAGGUGCCUUUGCUGUUAUCUAUGGACUGCACUUGAAGUACUACAUAAAGGAUCCUGAGGUUGUUCUUGGAAGAGAGACGGAAGACGUAAAAGUUGACAUAGAUCUGGGAAAAGAAGGGAGAGCAAAUAAAAUAUCCCGCCGACAGGCGGUUAUCAAGAUGGAUAAAGCUGGGUCUUUCCAUAUCAAGAACAUAGGGAAGUGCUCAAUCUUUGUUAAUAGCAUGGAAGUACCAAGCUGCAAAGGCAUCAACUUAAAUUCCGAUUCUUUAAUUGAGAUAAAGGACAUGAGGCUAAUUUUCCACGCAAACCAGGAGGCCGUGAGGCAAUACCUCGCCCGAACCCCAAGGCUCGAAUACUCCUUCCGUCAGGGCUUUUGAGUCUGCCGCGGUGGCCUGAUGCGCAGCGAGCAGCUUAUUCACAGCGCUGCCAGCAGUUAACAUGUUGAGUGAGGGACUCCUUAGAAUAGAAUGUGUAGAUGUGUAGUUAAUCUGGCUUGGCUCCGGCCUGGGCGAUGUGUGAAUACAUGGGAUGUAGAAUGUGAACUGGUUUCUGUUCCAUUGUAGUGAGCAAUCAAGUCCUUGAGUAGAUGUGUAGCGUGCUGGCAAAGUGUGUAAUAUGAAUGCAGUUUUAUUCGU